CCGCGCAAACAAAACAAACGAAACGAAACGAAACGAAACCAAACCCACCCAGACCAAGAAAAUCGAGGCAAACACUCCCCACAUCCCAAAAACAACCCAGCAAAUACACUCGAUCCAACAAAGAAAUCAAAUCCCAUGGAGCUGCGACGACGAAGAAAGAAGAAACGGCUGUCCGACGCCAUCCUUCCGAUCGGAGUCUGCCUACUGGUGGUCUUUCUCACGGCUGUGCUGUGCCUGCACAAAAGGCUCCACGCAACGGAAAGAAGUGGAUCGACUCUGACGAGGCCCGCAGAGGACGCGAACUUCCAGCUGGGAACGAGGCAUCGCCGUGCGGGGACCAGCGGAGAAACACACAAGAACGAAAUCGACGACGACGAUGGAUCGAAAUCCGAUAGCAACGACGAGAACGAGAACGAGAACGACGACGAAGACGAAGACGAAGACCCCGCACGGUUGGACCCACCCAUCACGCCCGAGGAGAUUUCUCGGGUCGAGGCGCUGCGCCUCCCAGAACACCCGGGAACCAUGGCAAACCCGGGAAACCCCAACGAACCACUGCCGUACGACGUCCGCAGGUGCCCGCCGCAAAUUCCCGAGAACUAUCCCUACGCCUGGAGCAUCCUGGACGUCCUUGGCCACUGGAACCCGGACAACACGACCGUCCCCGAACGGGUCCACCAGGGCCUGUGCAUCAUCGACUGGAGGGACCCCGAGCAGCGAAAGACCGCCGUUCGCUACCGCAGGGCGGAGGUUCCCUUCGUCGUCAAGCACCAUCCCGUCAUCUGGAAGGCGGCGGACCGAUGGACCAGCGAGGGUUACCUGCACUCCAAGCUCGGGGACAAGGCAUACCGGAACGAGCACUCGGUCAACAACCACAUGAUGUACUGGAAGCUCCGGGGCAAGCGAAGGGGUCCCCCCGGCUGGGAGCCCCCGACACAGGACGUCAAGCUUUCCUAUCCCGACUGGCGCGAGAAAGCUUUGGAGAUGGAGCAGCUGGCAGCCCACCAACCCGAAUCGAUCCCGAAGACGGAGCACUUUUACCUCCGCCUCAACGGAGCCUACGAGCGGGCCCACGAAUGGCUCUUUGACGAGCUCCCCUUUUUUGAUCCGUCCGUUCAGAACAACAUAUUUAUGGUCGAUCCGACCGACGCCCGGGGAAUCAACUGCCGGCUCGGAUCGCGGGGGACCAUUGCCGAGGCCCACUACGACAUGAGCCGGAAUUUUAUUCUCAUCCUGAACGGCCGCAAGCGGUACAUUCUAGCCCACCCGGAGCAGUGCUCCAACAUGGAGCUCUACCCGAUGGGACACCCGUCGGCCCGGCAUUCACGGGUCAACUGGUCGGAUCCCCUGUCCUAUGAAACCACCGGGAAGUUCCCGCACUCCAUGGUGAACGAGGUCGUCCUCGAGGCGGGGGACGGAUUGUACCUGCCGACCUACUGGCUUCACUUUAUCGUCUCGCUGUCGCUCAACUACCAGUGCAACGCGCGGAGCGGCAUCACCCGUGGCUACCAGGAGCACAUCAACGCCUGCGGGUUUGGAAAACUGUAGGGGCAGGCCGGGGAAGGGCAAGCCACAGGAUAGCACAGCGAUCCAAACCGCACCACGCGUUAGAAAACAACAGUGUAAUACAGUGUAGCAAUAAUUUCAUAAACGAUAG